AUGAGUGCAAGGGUUGUUGCUAAACUAGUUUUGAAAUUAAUCUUAUGUCAGAGGCGCCUAACUCAGCCAAUAAAAGUGGAAGAUUCGUACAUUAAAAAAAUAAAAGUCACCUGUCUUCAAAAUCCAUUUAGAAAAAAUUCUUGCAGUUUGGAAAACCUUUCUCUGCUCAAGAUGGAUGUGUUUUAUAUGGAUCUAAAAUUUCUUGUUGUCCUAUUUACCUGCAUCGGUCUUGUUUCCUGCCGCUGUGAGUCGGGAGAAGUGACAGUUUCCAGAUACCCCAAGCCACCAUUUCCCAAACGGGAGAUCAUCAAAUUCAAACAGCCCUUUAUGGAUCGACCCGCGGUGAUGUACGGGAUAAAGAUGAUCGACUCGGCCUACAACAAGAACACCAGGGCCGAUGUUAAACUGUUGUGGGUGCGGCCGGAGGCGUUCUCCAUCCUCAUGAGGUCUGCCUACGAUUCACACCUAUAUGGCCUGGGGGUCUCUUGGAUGGCCUGUCUAUAAUUUGAAUUCAUGAACUGUGCACCUCAUACGUUUUGAUUUUUAUUGAUGCAUCAUGCAUAUUGUAUAAUGCAUUAUACUAAGAUGAGUACUUUGUCAUUUUUAACGCCCUCAUAUUCUGUAUAGUGUAUAAUAAAAAUUAUUUUAACC